GAGCGAACAGUAUAUGAAUCUCGUCUAGAUGCACUGGAAAAUGGUAGCUUAAGCGGAUAUCAACGCAAGAAAAUUAUUGUACCAUCAACAGCUUGCCUUUGGGUAAUAAUAUCCUACAUCCUUACCGGCACCGUUAUGUUUGCGAAUUGGGAAAAAUGGUCCUUUCUCAACUCCUUCUACUUCUGCAUGACUUCCCUGUGUAAAAUUGGGUUUGGAGAUUUCGUACCUGGAGCGUCAUUGAUCACUGCAGCUGAUAUUGAUGCGGCAGCAGUGAAAAUAAAAGAAGAUGCUUCUGCCGAUCCUGAAGAAAUUUUUAAUAUGCAAUUAAUAACCGAUCAAAAUUCCAAAUUAGCAAUCAAUUUCUUUUAUAUGCUUAUCGGCAUGGGCCUGGUAUCAAUGUGCUACAAUUUGAUGCGUGAGGCGGUACGCAUGAAAAUAAAUGAGAUCAAAGAGGAUACGAAAUUGUGCCUGGAAGAUACGCGUAUACGUUUUAUGGGCUGCUGUGGGACGCGUGAAUACUAUGACGACGUUUACUACUAAAAUAUACCAUUUAAAGACAUACGAUAAUAUUUAUUUUGUGUGUUGAGUGGAUGUAAAAUCGACGAGUAAAGAGGAAUGUGAAUUUGUAAUAAUGUUUGGAUUUUUAUCAACAAGAGGUACUUAAGUGGUCAAAGCCAUUGACCACUAAUAUGAAAUUAAAUGUGUGUACAAAUAUAAAUAUUUACAAUUGUGCGUAAUUGCGGGAAUGUUUUCAUAAUCGUUGUGCUUUUGAAUCGUUAAUGUUUUUUUUUGCGUUAAACAAAAUGUAUAUGGCAACUGGGUACAAAUUCGGCAAAAAGGUGAGGAUCGAUUUUUCAACAAUACUUUAAGUAUAAAUCCACAACUCAACAUCUGCGUGUUGUUUUUCCUAUAUUAGACCUUGCCAUACUUAAUAUAAUAUUAUUA